UUUUUUUUUUUUUUUUUUAAUAUAUAACCUUAUUUUUUAAUACUUUCAAUGACUGCUACUACUACAUUUGACCCUAAGGAAGUUACAGUAAUCUUUGUUCUCGGUGGUGGACCUGGUGCUGGAAAGGGAACUCAAUGUGAAAAUAUUAAGAGAGAUUAUGAUUUUGUUCAUCUUUCAGCUGGUGAUUUAUUACGUGAGGAACAAAAGCGUGAAGGUUCAAAAUAUGGUGAAUUAAUUCAGCAUUAUCUUCGUGAGGGAUUGAUUGUGCCUAUGGAAGUGACUAUUGCCCUUUUAGAAAAUGCCAUGAAAGAAGCAAUGGAAAAGGAGAAGAAGACACGUUUCUUGAUUGAUGGCUUUCCUCGUAAAAUGGACCAAGCUGAUAAAUUUGAGGAAACAGUUGUAGAAUCCAAGUUUGUAUUGUAUUUUAGUUGUACCGAGGAAACUCUUUUGAACCGUUUAAUGAAGCGCAGUGCUACCUCUGGUAGAAUUGAUGAUAACAUUGAGUCUAUCAAGAAAAGAUUCCAAGUCUUUAAGGAUACAAGUUAUCCUGUUAUUGAAGCCUUUGAAAAGAAGAAUAAAGUUCGUCAGAUUAAUGCUGAACAAUCUAUUGAAGAAGUUUAUAAGGAUGUUAAGAAGGUUUUAGACGAAGCUCUUUAAAAGAAAAUAUAGAAUAUGAUGUAUAGAAUAAUAAUAAACUUAUGUAAUACUGUUU